AUGACAGACGUAUUGGGAGAUGAAUACUAUCCUUCAUUUGCACCAUUUCUUGGAUUCGGGGGAUGUGCAGCAGCAAUGAUGUUAUCGUGUGCUGGUGCAGCAAUUGGAACUGCUAAAUCAGGAAUUGGUAUUGCUGGUAUAGGUACAUUUACUCCAGAAUUGAUUAUGAAGUCAUUAAUACCAGUGGUGAUGUCAGGUAUAUUGUCAGUUUAUGGCUUAGUAGUGGCAGUAUUGAUUGCGGGUGGAUUGUCACCCACCGAAAAAUACUCAUUAUUCAAUGGAUGCAUGCAUCUAGCUUGUGGGUUAACGGUAGGAUUUGCGUGUUUGGCAUCGGGGUAUGCCAUUGGCAUUGUUGGGGAUGAGGGAGUAAGGCAGUUUAUGCAUCAACCGAGGUUAUUUGUGGGAAUUGUUUUGAUCCUUAUUUUUGCUGAAGUUUUGGGUUUGUACGGAAUGAUCAUUGCAUUAAUUUUGAAUACCAAGGGGAGUGGAUAA